AUGGUGAAGCAAACGAUCCAGAUCUAUGCCCGGGUGAAACCUCUGGGCAGGAGGCAGCCGGCGGGGAUAUAUUCAGUUGGUGAAGAUGAGACAUCAGUGUUCAGUUUGGAGAUUAUUGUGCCCCGUGAUUUGGCAGAUGGAUUUGUCAAUAAUAAACGAGAAAGCUACAAGUUCAAAUUUCAGAAAGUUUUUGAUCAGGAAGCAAAACAAGAUGAAAUUUUUGAAGCCAUUGCUAAGCCAGUUGCAGAUUGUGCUUUAGCUGGCUACAAUGGCACUAUAUUUGCCUAUGGACAGACUGGAAGUGGCAAGACAUUUACCAUUACUGGGGGAGCAGAACGUUACAGUGAUCGAGGCAUCAUUCCGAGGACCCUGUCUUAUAUUUUUGAGCAGCUGCAAAAGGACAGCAGCAAAGUAUAUACAACACUCAUUUCCUACUUAGAAAUUUAUAAUGAGUGUGGUUAUGAUCUACUGGACCCAAGACACGAAGCCUCCAGAUUAGAAGAUUUACCAAAGGUGACAAUAAUGGAAGACCCUGAUCAAAACAUUCACCUGAAACAUCUCUCUUUGCAUCAAGCAAUCAAUGAGGAAGAAGCACUGAACCUUCUUUUCUUAGGAGACACCAACAGGAUGAUUGCAGAGACUCCAAUGAACCAAGCCUCCACUCGUUCACACUGCAUUUUCACCAUUCACAUCUCCAGCAAAGAACCAGGAUCUGCAACCAUUCGACGCUCCAAACUACAUUUAGUGGAUCUAGCUGGUUCAGAGCGUGUUGCAAAGUCUGGAGUUGGAGGUCAGCUGCUGACAGAGGCCAAAUAUAUUAAUCUGUCAUUACAUUUCUUGGAACAGGUGAUUAUUGCCCUGUCGGAGAAACACCGAUCUCAUAUUCCUUACAGGAACUCUAUGAUGACCUCAGUGCUAAGAGACAGCUUAGGAGGAAACUGCAUGACCACAAUGAUUGCAACACUAUCAAUUGAAAAAAGGAACAUAGAUGAAUCCAUAUCAACUUGUAGGUUUGCACAGCGUGUUGCCCUUAUUAAGAAUGAAGCAGUUCUUAAUGAAGAAAUUGAUCCCAGGCUGAUGAUAGCACGAUUAAAGAAAGAAAUCCAGGAGCUAAAAGAUGAAUUGGCCAUGGUGACAGGAGAACAAAGAUCAGAAGAACUUACACAAGAAGAACUACUUCAGGUUGAUGGGAAGAUUAAAUGUUUUUUGGAAGAUACAGAUGCUGAAAGCACAUUGGAUGUUGGUGCUGAUAUGCGGAAGAUCAACUAUUGUUUCAGCCAUUUAAAGCUCUUAUCAGAACUACGGCUUCCCCAAGGUCAUCCAGCAGGUGCAAACAUUCCUGAAGACAAAGUUGCUAACAGCUCAUUUGGGACAGAAGAGUUAAAGAAGCUAAAGAAUCUUCUGCAGCAACGAGACAAUGAAAUCAAUAUUUUAGUAAAUAUGUUAAAGAAGGAAAAAAAGAAAGCCCAAAAUGCCCUUCUUCAACUCAGUGCUUCUUCAAAGGAGGUCCCAACCCCAGAAAGUUCUCUUCUUCCAAAAAAAGAAGAAAAUGAGUACAUGUUUCCUGUCUCUUUGAAACCUAAACCCGGUUUUCUUCCCAGAAACACAGGGGUAAGAGGAGAAAUGUCACUUGGACGCCAAGAAGCCUUUGAAAUUUUCAAGAGAGAUCAUGCUGAUAGCAUAACCAUUGAAGACAAUAAGCAGCUCCUUAAGCAAAGGUUUGCAGAGGCAAAAUCCCUGGGAGAGAAAGUAAAUGAGAUAAGAAACAGAAUCAACCAUUUGAAAGGAGAGAUAACCCAGAGGCACAUGCAGAAAGCAGCUCAAGUUGUUGCCAGUCCACAAAAAAUGGAUGAACCUGAUCCAGUAGAAGAGGCACUUCGGGCACAAAUUGAAGAGGAGAAAAUCAGUUAUAAAACAAUGUUCACUCGCUUGAAAGGACUGAAGGUAGAGAUUGAACACUUACAGUUCCUUAUGGAAAAAGCAAAGGUGAAACUGCAAAAAGACUUUGAAGUUUGGUGGUCUGAGGAGGCAACAAAUUUACAGAUCCAAGAAGAAAAGCCAUCUUUGCUUAAUUCAGUCAGCACCUCAAAGAUUUCACCCUUGUUUCUUGAAACCCAGUCCCAGCUGAGCCCAGAUAACAGGGUUCCAUAUAACAGCAAAGCCAUAUUCAGUGAGGAAUCUUCAGUGACAAGCAGCCUGCGUCACCUCAGCAACUCAGCUUCAGCAGCAAGAAUUUCCCCAGGUUCAAGUUCAUCCAUCCCUCUCACAGGAGACCACCAAACUGAUGCUGAUAUUCUAGCUUUCAUUAGAGCGAGGCGGAAUCUCCAGCAAAAGAAAGGACUGAGGAACAAAUGAAUUUUCAAUUAUGAAACUAUCUGCC